AAAAAGCUAAAAAAGAGACCUUUGAAGACGAAGACGAAGACGACGAUCUUCGACUGCUUCUCACGCGUUGUCUCCGCUGACUCUCCCUCUCGAAUUCCCUCUAAUCCCUUCGAUCUCUGCCAUUAUCGAAGCUUGAGAAGGAGAAGAGAUCGAAAGAGAAGGUUUUCCAUAGUUUUCAUGGCUUUGAGGGCAUGCUUGAGACCUCUGGAGAGGUGUUUUAUGGGGCGGCGUGGUGGUGGAGGUGGAGGAGGAGAUGGGCUUCUUUGGCACACUGAUCUUAAGCCUCACGCCUGUGGGGACUUCUCCAUCGCCGUCGUGCAGGCCAAUCAUGCGCUUGAAGACCAGGGCCAGGUCGUGGCCUCGCCUUCGGCUACCUAUGUUGGCGUUUAUGAUGGUCAUGGUGGCCCUGACGCCUCUCGCUUUGUUAGAUCUCGGCUUUUCCCUCAUCUCCACCAGUUUGCAUCAGAGCAAGGAGGCUUGUCGGCUGAUGUUAUAAAGAAGGCAUUCCAUGCAACAGAGGAGGAGUUCCUGCACUUGGUGAAACGGUCAUGGCUGUCUCGACCUCAAAUUGCAUCAGCGGGUUCAUGCUGUCUUGUGGGGGCAAUUGCGGAUGGUGUACUCUAUGUAGCAAACCUUGGUGACUCCCGGGCAGUUCUUGGCAGCCGGGGACCAGACGGUAGGUCAGUUGUUGCAGAGCGGUUGUCCAAUGACCACAAUGUUGCAUUAGAGGAGGUUCGGCGAGAGCUUAAACAACUUCAUCCGGAUGAUUCUCAUAUUGUUGUGCAUAACAGGGGGGUCUGGAGAAUUAAAGGGAUCAUCCAGGUAUCAAGAUCUAUUGGAGAUAUCUACUUGAAGAAGCCGGAAUUGAGUAGGGAUCCAUUAUUCCAACAAUUCGUCUCUCCGGUUCCACUAAAAAGGCCCGUCAUGACGUCCGAGCCAUCGAUCCGGGUUCGCAACCUCAGACCACAAGACUUGUUUCUCAUUUUUGCAUCUGAUGGACUGUGGGAACAACUAAGCGACGAAGCUGUUGUUGAUAUAGUCUUUAAAAAUCCAAGAGCAGGAAUUGCAAAGAGAUUGGUACGCGCCGCAUUGGAUGAAGCUGCGAAGAAGAGAGAAAUGAGGUACAAUGAUUUAAAAAGGAUUGAAAAGGGAAUACGGCGGCAUUUCCACGAUGAUAUCACUGUCAUUGUUAUCUACCUUGAUCAUCACCGCCAAGGAUUGAGCACGAAACUAAAACGUGAUGCCAUUGAUUACACCAAUGCGCCGAUUGAUAUUUUCACUCAUAAUUCCGACCGGACCGAGCAACCUCUCUGGCCCAGUAUCUGAUUCGAAACCGCAAUGGAGGUAGUUCAAUGAAGAGUAUUAUUCACUGACUCCUGCUUUUGUUGAUAGAUUUUACUGCAUAUGAUGAUUUAUAGAUUAAGAGGAAGACAAAAGAGAAAUCAAAUUGAUUGUUAUUUUGUAUGAUUGAGCUUUUAACUCAUUGUCUAACAAAAAGAUGGAGGUGUGGUGA